AUGCAGGGGAGAGAUGUUAUUGGUGUUGCGGAGACUGGCUCCGGAAAAACCCUAGCCUACGGUCUCCCCAUCCUCUCUCGUCUCCUCACAGCCGCUACCUCUUCCUCUCCCCCCUCUCAUCUUUCCACUUCCCUUUCUUCCACUUCCACUUCCUCUCCAUCUCCCCCCUCUCUCCCUCCCGCCCACUCCGUCAUCAAAAACAAAAACACGAACGUCAAGCAAGAAAACACGACAGGAAGGAAAACUCAAAAGAAAAAGACGAGAAGACCCCUCCGCGCACUCAUACUCGCCCCGACGCGCGAACUCGCAUUACAGGUUUCGGCGCAUUUGAAUGGGUGUUUGAAUGGGGUUUAUCAGUCUAGUUCUAAUUCUGGGGAGGGCGUCGGAAUCAAAGUGGAGGAUGAGGAUGGAGAGGGGGGCGUUCCUGAACAGGGGGAGGGGAAGGACGUGAAGGGCGGGAAAUCCAACGGUAAAGCCGGAGGCGGGAAGAAGGGUAAGGUGAGUGGAAACGGGAAGGGCAAGGGUAAAGAAACGACGAAAGCCAAGGCACCCCCGCUCGUGAGCGUAGCGGCCAUCGUGGGCGGCAUGUCGGCGCAGAAACAGAAGAGGGUGUUGGAGAGGGGUGUGGACGUGUUGGUUGCGACGCCGGGGAGGUUGUGGGAUGUUGUUGAGGAGGACCCCACCCUCGCCGAAGACAUCAAACACCUGCAUUUCCUCGUGCUCGACGAAGCGGACAGGAUGAUCGAGACGGGCCAUUUUAAGGAGCUUGACGGGUUGUUGAGGCUGACGAGGAGGGAGUUUCAGAAAGAAACGACGGAAGCCGAUUUCGACUUCAGCCUGUCCGCUCAGACGAAGGGACAGCAUGGCGCUGAAUUCGACUCCGACUGCGAGGAACAAAACGGAGAAGCAGGACCCCAGAGCGGAAAACAAGAUGGGAAAGGAGAGGGCGAAGGCGUGAACGACACGAUGCAGACCUUCGUUUUCUCCGCGACGUUGAGUAAGGACCUUCAGCGGAACUUGAAGAAGAGGGGCUGGGGUGGUGGGGGUGCCGGUGGAACGGGUGGAAGGAAGGGGAAGGAGGUGGCGUCGACGUUGGACGAACUCCUACAGAGACUCGACUUUCGCGAUCCGGAGCCGGAGGUCGUCGAUCUCAGUCCGGAGGGCGGGGUCGUGGAGACGUUGAAGGAGUGUAAGAUCGAGUGUUUGAUGACUGAGAAGGACAUCUACCUCUACUAUUUCCUCCUCCGCUACCCCGGCCGGACGCUCGUCUUCCUGGCGAGCGUGGACGGGAUAAGGAGGAUGCUGCCGCUGUUUGAGUUCUUGGGGCUGCCGGUGUGGCCGUUGCAUUCGCAGAUGGAGCAGAGGCAGAGGUUAAAGAAUCUGGAUCGCUUCAAAUCAAACCACCACGCCGUCCUCCUCGCCACAGACAUCGCCUCCCGCGGCCUCGACAUCCCUUCCGUAGACCACGUAGUGCACUACCAGAUCCCACGCACGGCCGACGCGUACGUGCACCGGAACGGAAGGACGGCAAGGGCGAGCAGGAAGGGGUUCGGCAUGUUGAUGUGUGCACCGGACGAGAGGAGGGUGAUGAGGGGGGUUUUGGGGAGUUUGGGACGAGAGGAGUCCUCGAUCCCAGAAAUGACGAUCGAGCAUCACCUCCUCGAUAAACUCAAGCCGCGGCUGCAGCUUGCGAGACAGAUAGAGAACGCGCAGCAUAAGGAGAAGAAGGAGAAGCACGAGAAGAAUUGGUUGAAGGAGAUGGCGGAGGCGAUGGAUGUCGAUUUGGAUGAGAGUUUGGGCGGCGGGGACGAUGACGCCCCCUCAAACCCGAUGUCACAACGACUCAAGGCCAAAACCGCGAAAUUAAACGCUAUGAAGGCCGAGCUGAAGAGGUUGCUCGCGCAACCGCUCGUCGCGAGGGGCGUGUCGACGAAAUAUAUCACGAGUGGGAGUAGGCCGAUCGUGGAUGAUAUCGUCAGAGGGGAAUAUCAUGAAGGGAUGGUUGGCGUGAAGAAAGCGGAGGCGGGUGACGAUCUGAUGGCGGUGAAGAAGGGUAAGGGUAAGGACAAGAAGAAGGAAAAGGCGAAGAAGGGGAAAGGUGUGAAGAAAGAGGAGGACCAUGGAGAUGGCGACGAUGGGGAGGAGUGGACUGGCUUUGGGUCAUGA